AUGAAUGAACAAAUACUGUUUGACAAUUUCCCUUUAACGUUUUUAAACAAGGAUGCGAAUGAAGAUUAUGAAGACAAGAAUGAGAAGACAUAUCGUGAGAAAAUAAAAAACAUUAUAGAAGAUUUGAAAUCGUUGCGUAUAGAAAUAAAUGAAAAGUAUUCCAUACGAAAUAUGUUAGAAGAAAAAUUAACUUUAUUACAAAAAGAAGAACAAACAAAAGAGAAUAAUAUGAAAUACAUAAUGAAUUUUAGUGAGCAUAAUAUAUACGAAAGAGAAGUUUUAAAUUAUCAGAAAACUAUUGCACAUUUAAAAAAACAAAUACAAACAAGUAAUAGCAAGAUCAAAUUAUUAUUAGAAAAAGAAUUUAAAGUAAGAAAACAGCUACAAAUAAAUUAUAUGAAUUUAUAUGAUAUCUUAAAUGAAAGAAUUGAAUAUAUUGUUCAUAACUAUGUAAAACAUAGAAAAUGUUCAUGUGCAAUAUAUGCUUACCAGCAAGAGAAAAAGGAAGAACAGUCCUAA